UUGUACAUAUUGUCAAAAAAACUCAAUUUUGAUUGAAACAAAUACAAUCGUGUAACAGAUAUACGCCUAAAUUCAGGUGCUUCAGUGCGGACACAACAUCAAUGGCGAAGUACCUUGCACAAAUCAUCGUUCUGGGUGCUCAGGCAGUGGGACGCGCUUUCACCAAGGCGCUCAGGCAGGAGAUAGCCGCAUCCCAGGAGGCCGCCCGUCGAGCAGGUGGCGGCAAGCAAGGCGACAAGACUGCAGAGUCAAAUCUGCGUACAGGCAUGACCGUUGAGGAGGCCAAGCAAAUCCUGAAUGUGGACGACCUGAAGAACGUGGACUGCAUUACGAAGAACUACGAGCAUCUGUUCAGUGUGAAUGAGCGCGGUAAAGGCGGUUCCUUCUAUCUGCAGUCAAAGGUCUUCAGGGCCAAAGAGCGCCUCGACCAAGAACUGAAAGCCCAGCGGCCGCAGCCACCGAAAGACGAUCCCGCGGCAGAGGCAGAGGCGGAAGCGCCGCCAAGAAGGGGGCGGCAAGUGCGCUGAUUCCAUGCCUGAUGUACCUCCAAACGAAAAUAAUGAUUAGCUUAUAAUUGAUUUAUAAAAUAUGUGUUAAGUACGAGGACCACUUGAGUGUUGCCUGUAAAUAGAUUUGUAUGAACAAAGUAA